AUGGCCAAACGUCUUGUGGUGGCUAUUGCUCUCUGGGCUUUGGGGGGCCCUACUGGGCUUCACCAUCUCUACUUGGGCCGGGAUAACCAUGCCUUACUCUGGAUGCUGACUUUGGGUGGCUUUGGCAUAGGGUGGCUUUGGGAGCUGUGGCUGCUCCCUGGUUGGGUAGCACAGGCAAAUGGUACGCCAGACUUGCCCAACGGUCAACUCCCACCUUUAAACCCUGUGCGUUUUCUUGGCCAAGCUUUAGUAGGCAUCUAUUUUGGGGUAGUGGCUUUGAUUGGUCUCUCUACUCUGCCAGGUUUUUACCUUCUGGCCCUUCCUCUGGCUGUGGGUCUUGGAGUUCAUUUGGUGUCUGAAGUGGGCAACCAAGCCUCCAAUCUUCAAGCAACCUUAACGGCUGCCUUCAUAACUGCACCAGUCUUCUAUGGCCACCCUCUGGGGAUCUUGCCCAUUACUCUCACCACUAGUGCGACAGCCCAGAAUUACCGACGCUAUAAAACCAUCAAUCGCACCAAGAAGAAGCUUAGCCUCCGACUUUACCGACUAGGCCUGGCCUAUCUGGCAUUCACAACACCACUGGCCUACUCUGCCUUCAGCAAUACAGCAGCGACUGCCAACUACAUAGCCAGCACGAUUGGAGCAGCCCUGGAUUAUGUCAGCGUAUUUCCAUCGUUGAGUGGAAUAUUGGAAUGGAUGCUGCUUCUCCCUUACCGUGCCGGGAAGAUGUUGGGUUUAAGUGGUGGCUAUUUCCAGGAAUGGGAGAACAUUUUAAAAUUUGUACAAUCUUUCCAGGACGAAAGACGUCAGAUGGCGUAUCAGAUCUUAGGUGUCCCUAAUGAUGCCACUCCAGAAGAAAUUACCAAAAGUUACCGGGAGCUGGUGAAGCUUUGGCAUCCUGAUCAUAAUCGACAUCAAGUAGAAGAAGCUGAAAGACGUUUUAUUGAAGUGCAAGCUGCCUAUGAACUCCUCAUGCAGACAAAGAAGCCAAAAUCUGCAUGA